AAAUCCAGUCUCUCAAACGAAGGACUGUGACCCUCUUCUAUCCAGAAGAUUUAGAAUUGGGGGGUCCUCUAUUCCUUUCUCCUUUGCAGAUGGACUCAAUGAAGAGUCCCCAAAGCCAAACAGAUUGUCUCUCAAAUUGACAAAAAUGAAAAGCUCUUAAAAUCUUUAUGAUGGAGAAAGUCCCUCCUGGUCCCUUUUCCUCCUAUCCCAGGUUGUAGGGCCCACGAGGCUUGGGAAGAAGGUACAUGUUGGGGUCAGAGCUCAUGUCCGUGGAAGCAGCAAUUUGUUAAAACAGUGGAGGUGGUUGCUGUGGUAGUGGUGAGGGGUACAGUCAUGUCUAGAGGCAGAAGGAGGGAAGGAAACUCAGUCCCGGUCAGGGGCCAGCCUUGAAAAUGGGAAAGCUGGGAAUGGGCCCAGGAAGGGGCUGUGUGUGUGUGUGUGUGUGUGUGUGUGUGUGUGUGUGUGUGUGUGUGUAGGCAGGAGCACACGUGUGGGGCACUAGGCCCUGUUGCCAUGGAGACACCCCCCAUAGACAACCUUUCUCUACAGCCCCUCCUGGGAGCAGACCCGGUCCAGGGCCAGCUGGUGGGGGCGGUGGAGCCAGAGAGGAAACUGGGAGGCCAAGGUCACCCUGUACUGGGACCCGGGGUUUCUAGUUGAUGCCUCUCAUCCUCAGAGCUUCCGGACUCCUUCUUACGGGCUGGAGACCAUGGCUUCACUCUGACCUCCGCAUCCGCAGCCGCCUGCUCGCUGCCCCCUGGCCCCUCUGGCCCCUCGAGGCCCCCGCUUCUGCCUGUGUUGUGACCCCCCCAGCCGCAGGCACGGCCCCACCUCCGCUGCCCCGGUGGUGGCCCACGGCCCCCCGGCUGCCCGUGGUCAAACUGGAGUCACUGAAACGCUGGAAUGAAGAGAGGGGUUUGUGGUGCGAAAAGGGCGUUCAGGUACUGCUGACCACCGUGGGCGCCUUCGCAGCCUUUGGACUCAUGACCAUCGCCAUCAGCACUGACUACUGGCUCUACACACGAGCGCUCAUCUGCAACACCACCAACCUCACCGCGGGUGAUGACGGACCGCCCCACCGUGGGGGCAGCGGCUCCUCGGAGAAGAAGGACCCUGGGGGCCUCACACACUCAGGUCUCUGGCGGAUAUGCUGCUUGGAAGGGUUGAAAAGAGGUGUCUGCGUGAAGAUCAACCACUUCCCGGAGGACACGGACUACGACCACGACAGCGCGGAGUACCUGCUCCGAGUGGUCCGGGCCUCCAGCAUCUUUCCGAUCCUGAGCGCCAUCCUGCUGCUGCUCGGGGGCGUGUGCGUGGCUGCCUCCCGAGUCUACAAAUCCAAAAGGAACAUCAUCCUGGGCGCGGGGAUCCUGUUUGUGGCAGCAGGCCUGAGCAACAUCAUCGGGGUGAUCGUGUACAUAUCGGCCAACGCGGGCGAGCCGGGCCCCAAGAGGGACGAGGAGAAGAAAAACCACUACUCGUACGGCUGGUCCUUCUACUUCGGCGGGCUGUCCUUCAUCCUGGCCGAGGUGAUCGGCGUGCUGGCCGUCAACAUCUACAUCGAGCGCAGCCGCGAGGCGCACUGCCAAUCUCGCUCGGACCUGCUCAAGGCCGGCGGCGGCGCGGGCGGCAGUGGCGGGAGCGGCCCCUCGGCCAUCCUCCGUCUGCCCAGUUACCGCUUCCGCUACCGCCGCCGCUCCCGCUCCAGCUCCCGAGGCUCCAGCGAGGCGUCGCCGUCGCGGGACGCGUCUCCCGGCGGCCCCGGCGGCCCGGGCUUCGCCUCCACGGACAUCUCCAUGUACACGCUCAGCCGCGACCCGUCCAAGGGCAGCGUGGCCGCGGGGCUGGCGGGCGCCGGGGCAGGCGGCGGCGGCGGCGUGGGCGCCUACGGCGGGGCGGCCGGAGGCACGGGGGGCGGCGGGGCGGGCGCCGAGCGGGACCGCGGGGGCGCAGCCGGUUUCCUCACGCUGCACAACGCCUUCCCCAAGGAGGCGGCGUCUGGCGUCACGGUCACGGUCACCGGACCUCCCGCUGCGCCCGCGCCCGCGCCGCCCGCUCCUGCAGCGCCCGCGCCUGGGACCCUGUCCAAAGAGGCCGCCGCGUCCAACACCAACACGCUCAACAGGAAAACCACGCCUGUGUAGGGGCGCGCGCCCUCGCGGGGAGCCGGGGGGGCGCGUCCGGGGCGCGUGCGCGGGCGCGCGUGCAACGAGGCCGCCGGAUCGGGGUGCCCCCCAGCCCUAUCCCCGCGAGCGCGCUGGACACCGCUGGGCCUUCUCGCCCCUCCCCGCGCCCCUCCGCACCCUCUACCCCCGGGCGUGGGAAGCCCGGUCACGCUCCGAAGCAGGGACCCUUGGGGAGGGGUAUGGGACGGGAGAAGGGGCUCUGGCGUGGGAGCGCUGUGUUUUAUUUUUGUGUGGGGGGCAUUUCAAGGGAGGGAGGGAGGGCCGUGGUGUUUUUUGCAGUUUUGAGAUGUUUUCUUUUUAAAUGUUUUGCUGUGUGCAUGUGGGGGCGGGGCGGGGGGAGGGAAGGGAGGGACUCCCAGCCCAGCCCAGCCCAACUCCUGGAGAGGGGCUCAUAACACAUGAAUAUAGAGUUACAUCUACAACUAUAUAUACACAUGUUCUGUAUAAAGAGACAGGCCAGCAGAAGGCAAAGGCCAAGGGAGGGACGCGCUGACAUUUAGUUCACUUUUUCAUUCAUCUUUCGACAAGGGCUUAUUAAGCACCUACUAUGUACCAGGUGAUGGGUACAGAAGGCGGUGCUAGGGAGGAGGGGACAUAAACGCAGGCGCAUCCAUUCAUCCA